AUACAGUAAUAUACAGUAUAUGAGCACUGAUUGGCCAUUCAGUCGAAGCACUACUGAAUGUGAGUUAAUGUUAGACCAGAAAAACAGUCAACACUUGAAGUGACGGACGGACGGCAUCGCAAACGGACUGUCCAUCCAAUGGGUCACUACUCGAGACCGUCUUCACCACAUCGAUGGUCAUCACCGGUCAUCUACUGGUCAUUGAUGGUCGUCAUCAUUGGUCUCAUAAUACAGUCAUCACAACAAUUAAAAGUAAACCAAUUUGAAGCCUCGCGUCAAUUAUAUCCAUUGAAAUCCUAUAGAGAGGUACAGAUCUACCACUUUGUAAUACCCAAUGAGGUAUUGGAGGCCAAGUGGCGCUUCAAUGCCUCCACUAGCGAUGCCUCCACUUAUAAAAGUCCGUUAAAAGUCUAUUCAUCGCAACUGAAAGUAUUAAACCUACACUCGUGUGAACCGAUGGAUCUAACUGUUCACAUAAGAUAUGGAAGUCUACCCAUAAUUAAUAUAAAUAACGCAACACUUCCCGAAAAUUUAAUGACAAAUGACACCCAACAGUAUAAGAUUGAAUGGAAAAGCGAUUCAACACUAAAUGAGUUUAACAUAACUAAUCCAUUACCCGGUCAUUGGUUUGCACUUUCGUAUAUCAAUACAAAAGAUGAUAGGAUAUCACAAAAAGGACUCGAAGUCGAGUGUCAGCACAAACUGACGACUAGUCUUUCAUUUAAAAUAUUCAGUCAUUUAUUUCCAAACAAUGAGAUCAAAGUCUUAACGACAACCAAUUCGCUGAUUCAGACAACAAAUGUAACAAAUUUUUAUAAAUUUUACUUAAAGGCCAACUGUUUUAGUGCCAAAUUAGUCAUUAGUGAGUGCGCACAGGUAUUGCCAAACACUAACCGAAGCGCAACUCUCUGUCCAUUUUCGUUAUACGUUAGGUCAAUGGCAAUGCCCUCACAUAAAGAUAACGAUUAUUUAGUAGAUUGCUUGCAAUCACACAAUUCCGGUGACAACUGUCUCAUUGAAAUGCAUUCACUGGCGUCUGACUCUUGGAUUUACGUUUGGAUCGAUUCAUCAAAUGUCGACACAAAUCAACAAAUUUUAUUCAAAAUUCAACUUUUUAUCGAUCAAAACACUAAUUGUUUUUUAAUGAAUAAUCAAUUGCAAACAAAUCCAACAUUACUAUCGGAUAUUAUUACAUACUCUAGUCGUCCCACUAGUGAUAACAAAACUACUGAUAUGUUUAUAAACCCACCAAAUAUUGACAAGAAAUAUAAAUACAUUAGUUUGACCCGAUAUGACACAACUAAUAGUCUUGAGUUCAAAUACAGUCACGUCGAUGCAACCAAUCUUUUCUCAAACCAAAGUGUGUCACUAUUUAUGGAUAUUCCAACCGAUAACCGAUCGGUAUUCGAGUUCGCCAUCAUUCCUCUGGCCGACAUCGGCGGCACUCUUGCCAUAGAUAUAGCUAUCUCUCCGUACAUUAACAUAACGUACCAGAAUUAUAGUAUGACAGCGUGUCUACAAUAUGGACGUAUUGGUGGUAUUGCACGCAAUGGUCUGACCGAUUGGAAAGAAUGUUUUCGUACGAUGAAAGUGAAUACUAGUUCACCGCAAUUCAGUGCCGGUAAAGGCAUUGAUACGGUAUUAAUACCAUUUCCGAAACCCGGCAAUUGGUUUCUUACACUUGAAAUACAAUGCUAUCUGAAUGAAGAAUAUGGAGUUGAAAUUGAUUGCAGCGAUAAUAAGACAUCCAUAUUGUUGGACAUAACAUCCACGCCAUGUCUUAACUCUAAGUGUAGUAAUCGCGGCAAAUGUUACCAAUACUUCAGUGGAGGAGUUCUUUUUAGUUCAUGCGUUUGCAAAGGAGGAUGGAAGGGUUGGUUCUGUAACGAUGGCUCACAGGCUCUACAAGAAGAUCAACUUUUGCUCAACUUUUUGUUACUAACAUUAAGUAAUGUAAUGUUUAUACCGGCUGUGAUAGUCGCUACUUAUAGAAAACAUUUCACUGAAGCGCUGAUCUACUUGACAACAAUGACUUCAUCGAUGCUAUACCACGCCUGUGAUUCAGAUUAUCCACAAUCUUAUUGUUUACUACCCGUCAAUGUUCUUCAGUUCGGAGAUUUUUAUUCCGCCAUUUUGGCCUUUUGGGUCACAUUAAUAACAUUAGCCAAUAUGCCAGACCUCUGUCGAGCCUUUUUCCAUGUGUUCGGUGCUAUACUAAUCGCUUUCGCUGUAGAGACCGACCGAACCAGUCUUUUGGCUUUUGCAUUGCCGGCAGGUAUUGGCGCUGCCAUUCUCAUCAUUGCUUGGGUGUUCCGGUGCUGUAAGACUUCAUGUUACCCACCGAGUCGUCUCUGGCUAUUCAGUAUUUUGCCGGGAAUUGCAUUGUCAGCGGGAGGUCUUGUGGUUUAUGCCUUUUUCGAGACACAAGAAAAUUAUGCCAUAACUCAUAGCUGUUGGCACGGAAUUAUGGCGUUAGCGCUACUAUUUUUGGUGCCAUCCAUGAGGACAGAUACUGAAGAUGAAGAAGUCGGUGGCAAAGUGUCGAUGCCUAACGCAAAGUUAGCUCACGUGGAGUGGAGACCAUCGCACACAAGUUUUAAGUUUUUGAAUGAUGACAUCGACAUGUUGUGACCUAUUUGUGUGACCUCUUGACCACUCAAAUCACUUGAUAGACAAAUCCAAACAAUUGAGAGACCAAUUAUUGAUUGCAUAGAAAGCGUCACUUUUUUGCCACAAUUUCCAUGAAAUUUCCAAAAGCUCUGAAAUGUCGAAAAUAAUCUCUAAAUAACAUUGAAUUGAUAGACUAAUACUCCCCCAAAGUGUGGACACAAUAAUUGUUUGCAACUAAAACAAGUUUUUAUAAAAAGACAUUUUCGGUUAUUACUAAAUCAUUUUAUGCCAUUGUUAUGUAGUUUUCAUAGUGAUUGCGGUC